CUUAUUCACGUACGAGUACACGGUAGCAUCGGUAAGCCUCUCGCAUGUCAUUUGCAUUCCUAUCGGAGGAGGUGGCGGCCGCAAACGGAGAUUUUUACAACUCUUGCCUUGGUCGCACAUGCUCGGCAGCCUCGUGCUUCUAAGACUUGGUGUUGCAGUGCAGCUUGGAUCGGCACUUUGGGUUGUCUCGCCUGCACCGCACGCACGAGGAAGAGGCUCUCGUAUUUUACUUCACAUGACUGCCAUGCUGCUAGGAUAUUUUUGGGUAGACUCGUUAAAGGAGCAAGGCUCUAGGAUGAUGCUACUUCACAGUGCAAUACCAAGGCCAGUCAAUACAGUAGCACAGAGCCUCGUCCAUGUGGCAUGCAAGUCAUUUUGCAGCAUUCGUUGCAUACAACGAUCUGCCAGACGACAAUCUCGACGCUGGCUGCAGCUCGUCAGCCUAGGGUUGCUAGCGUAUUGCAAACCGUGCCGUGUCUCGGUCGUCGUACAUGAGAUGAGAACGAAUUGAACUCAACUGAACUUGUACACACGCGAAGCAGCUUAUUAGUAACAAUCUCCAGAUGAAAAUGCCUCAUUGGGCAUGGAGCAACCUCGUGCUUGGUCGCAUUGGCUCUAGUGUCGAUAAAGAUUCCUGUUUGGCAUCGAAUAGGCGUUUGACUCGGUUGCAUUCCGUGGAAAGCCGGCUGCUUAUCCGCGAAGUUGACCAAAGACAUCAGACAACGUCCACGAGAUCUGAGUUGCCCAAAAGGUUAUGAGGGGGCCAGAUGACAGACAGCCACAGACAGCCAUCGUUUGUGCAACCUACAAGACGUGUUACAGUG